CGAAAGAGGCGCUCAAUAAAUCAAUAAAUUGACAACAUACAGCAGGCCUGUGAACUAAUACCACGACUUUCCUCGCAAAAAAGCUAUGCCAUCUCUCCAUUGAAACAAACUACAUCUUCAGACUUUCAUUGGCAGCGAUUGCAUCAUUGACACCAACUGUCUCAUAAUAUGGCCGGGCACGGCGAGGAAGCCUCCCAGUUACUGCCAAUUGAGCAGGAGGAACAAGGCCGGCAAUCAGAGGAAUCUAUAUCUGAAGCUUCAACUACGAGUCUGGUAUUCGAGCGCAUUGGCGAACGAGCGGAGGCAGAAGACAGAAAGCAGUUGGACGGGCACAACAAGAUGGGCACCGUGAGGUACUCUGCAAGAGGCGACUCUGUACCUUACGCAGAUGACGAACACGCAAAUGUCUCGCUCGAGGAUGAAGAUAAGGAGGAUCUUGAAAAUGGCCCCUUCAUUCAUAAUGGCACUGCUGGGAAGACUACGGAUCGCAGAUUUCGACGACUGAUCUGGGUAGUUGGGGGACUCUUCAUCGGCGCAUGGGUACUGGCGUUCGGUCUGUUCUUAUGGAAUCAAUCAUAUCGGCAUUCCUCAUCGAUACCCCACGAUCCUGCUGCGACAGCAUCCCGCGGGAACGGGAAGAAGGUUACACUGGAUCAGGUUCUAAGCGGACAAUGGCGAGCAAAUAAGCAGGCCAUAAGCUGGAUUGAGGGCGCCCAUGGCGAGGAUGGGUUGCUGCUCGAGCGAGGUGUGUCAAGGAAUGAUGACUAUCUCGUGGUGAAAGAUAUCAGAGCAGGCAAAGCUGGUGAAGGCGCUCCCCUUUCAUCGGAGACUUUGAUGAAGAAUGGCUACUUUACAUACGAAAACGAGUCACUCAUGCCCCAUAGGGUGUUUCCCAGCAAGGACCUAAAGAAGGUUCUUAUUGCAACAGAUAUGCAGUCUAACUGGAGACAUUCCUUCUAUGCGAGGUAUUGGGUUUUUGAUGUUGACACCCAGACUGCGCAGCCGUUGGACCCUGCAGACAAGAACGGGAGGAUACAAUUGGCUAGUUGGAGUCCGCAGAGCGACGCUAUUAUAUUUACGAGAGACAACAACCUGUUUCUACGGAAAUUAUCUUCCUCGACCGUCACACAGAUAACAACUGACGGUGGACCGAAUUACUUUUACGGCGUGCCUGACUGGGUAUACGAGGAGGAAGUCUUCAGCGCGAAUAGUGCCACUUGGUGGGCUGAGGAUGGUAAAUAUGUUGCUUUCCUUCGAACGAACGAAUCCGAGGUACCAGAAUAUCCGAUACAGUACUUCGUAUCCAGGCCUAGUGGAGUGAAACCCCUUCCAGGCGAAGAGAACUAUCCGGAAGUUAGACAGAUCAAGUAUCCAAAAGCUGGGGCGCCAAACCCAACAGUAGAUCUACUGUUCUAUGAUAUCACAAAAGGCGAUGUUUUCGAGGUAGAUAUUGCCGGUGGAUUUGAGCCUGAUGACUUGCUCAUCACCGAGGUCGUUUGGGCGGGCUCGACUGGUAAGGUCCUCAUUCGCGAAACCAACAGAGAAAGCGACGUGUUGCGCGUUGUUCUGGUUGAUGUGACGACAAGGACGGGCAAAACUGUUCGAAAUGAAAAUGUACAGGAGCUCGAUGGCGGUUGGUUCGAGGUUACCCAGAACACACGAUACAUUCCUGCCGAUCCCUCCAAUGGCCGGCCUCACGAUGGCUAUAUUGAUACCAUUAUUCAUGACAAUAACGACCAUCUUGGCUACUUUACCCCACUGGAUAAUCCAGAUCCAAUCAUGGUGACUUCUGGGGAUUGGGAGGUUGUGGAUGCGCCAUCUGCAGUUGACCUGAAGAAUAACCUGGUCUACUUUGUCUCCACGAAAGAGUCCCCUAUUCAACGACAAGUAUACAGUGUGAACUUGAAUGGGACAAACCUUCAACCACUCACGGACACUAGCAAGGAAGGAUACUACAGUGUUUCCUUCUCUAGUGGGGCAGGCUAUGCGCUUGUGAGCUACGAUGGACCAAACAUCCCAUGGCAAAAGGUGAUAAGUACACCAAGCAACACCGACAGUUACGAAGAUGUCAUCGAAGAGAACGAGAAAUUAGCAGAUAUGGCGAAGAAACACGAACUUCCUAUUAAAAUAUACUCUACUGUGAACGUCGAUGGAUAUGAGCUACAAGUCGUCGAACGCCGUCCACCUCACUUCAAUGAGAAGAAAAAGUAUCCGGUCUUGUUCCACCUCUACGGAGGGCCUGGAUCGCAGACCGUCUCAAAAAGCUUUGGAGUGGAUUUCCAAGCCUACGUCGCUGCAAAUCUUGGCUACAUUGUUGUGACCGUUGACGGUCGUGGCACAGGAUACAUUGGACGAAAGGCUCGCACGAUCAUCCGUGGAAACAUAGGAUACUAUGAGGCUUAUGAUCAGAUUGCCACUGCCAAGAUCUGGGCUCAGAAAAAAUACGUUGAUCCGUCGAGGCUAGCCAUAUGGGGUUGGUCCUAUGGCGGCUUCAUGACAUUGAAGACGCUCGAGCAAGAUGCCGGGCAGACGUUUUCUUAUGGUAUGGCCGUUGCUCCUGUGACAGACUGGCGCUUUUACGACUCCAUCUAUACGGAACGCUACAUGCACACGCCCCAGCACAACCCAGGCGGAUAUGAUAAUUCAAGUAUAAGCAACGUGACCGCGUUACAGCAGAACGUCAGAUUUUUGAUAAUGCACGGCGUUGCAGAUGAUAAUGUGCACAUGCAAAACUCCCUGACGCUGUUAGAUAAACUGGAUCUAGCGGGCGUCGAGAAUUAUGAUGUCCAUGUUUUCCCGGAUAGCGAUCAUGGAAUUUACUUCCAUAAUGCGAAUAGAAUUGUGUACGAUAAAUUAACAAAUUGGCUUAUAAACGCCUUCAAUGGCGAAUGGUUAAGGACAGCGGAUGCAGUCCCUCUGGAGCCCGAUAAUAAAAAGAGGGAUGUAUUGGAAAUAUCAGGUCAUCUUGUCACAAUAUAG